AUGACCACCACUAGCUCAUUUCCUUCUGAGAAGACAACCCUGUCCUAUUGGAUGGGAGAGGCAGAUAGACCGCUUGCAAAACAUAGAUCCACCGAAGAACUCCCAGAAGAAGUCGAUAUUCUUAUCAUUGGCUCGGGUUUAAGUGGUGCUGGAGCCGCAUUCAACUUGUUGGUCGAAUACGGCACCGAUAAGAGUGUGAUGUUGUUAGAGGCCAGAGACGUUUGCUCCGGAGCCACUGGAAGAAACGGUGGCCAUAUGAGAAGUUAUUACUACUUGAAGCAGGAUGAGUACGUGAAGAACUUUGGCGAGGAAGUUGCCGCAGAUCUUUGUAUGUUCGAGCACUACGAACUCGACAAGAUCGAGGAGUUGACCAAGAAGUACGACAUUGACUACAAUUUUAAACGCAGAAGGGCUUUCCACGCCUAUGAGGAUGAGGAGGCGGCUGCUACCGGCCAACGUGACUACGACGCGUUUGUGAAGAAUCCGUUUAUUCCACAGGAUGUCAAGGACAGCGUCAACGUUGUUUAUGGAGAAGAGGCCCAGAAGGAGUACAACACCGUCAAGCUUGGCGGAUUUACUCCUGCUUCGUCUUUGUGGCCAUACAAGCUUGUCACUGGACUAUUGAAGGUUGCACUUGAAAAAGGCUUGAACUUGCAAACCAAUACUCCAGUUAGAGAGCUGGACCUUCUAGAGGACAAAACAUGGUUAGUAAAGACUCCACGUGGUUCUGUUAGGGCUAAAAAGGUCAUUGCCACUACCAACGCAUAUACGCGUGCUAUUUUACCCGAGUUUAACGAUAAAAUUACUCCAUUGAAAGGAGUGGUUUCUCACUUGAAAAGCGAAUCUGGGAAAAGCCUGGACGUGAACAUGAUCCAUCUCUUCAGCGGGGAAGACGAUUACAUCAGUGUUUGCCACGACGGGUCGUUGAUCAUCGGAGGUGGCGGGGAAACGUACGAGGAGUCUCCGAACAAAGAGAUGAUGGUUGACUGCUUGGACGACUCGUUCUUCCCGGACGAGACCGGCAAGUACUUUGUCGACUACCCCACUCGGAACUACAAGUCGCUGGCCAAUGAGAAAUUCGUCAACGAUUACACUUGGACAGGGUGUCGGGGAUAUUCGUACGACGAGUUCCCUUUUGUCGGGGAUUUGUCUGAAUUUGGACGCCCGAAUCUAUACGUGUCUGCGGGGUUCAGUGGCCAUGGUAUGCCCCGCGUUUUUAGCUGCGCUGCAUAUGUGUCGGAGCUAGCCAUCGGAAAAAAUCCUACAGUGAAAGUUCCGGCCCCAUUCAAAGUUUCUGCGGAAAGAAUGAAUAAGGAGUAA